CGUAAUCGUAUUGCUUGCGGAUGCGGUGGCGAACUGUGCCGUACGACUUCUGUUAAUUUUUCUUCUUUAAAUUAAUAUCUUGUUCAGAAUUUACCUAUUAAUUGAAGUUGUGUUGUCCAGCACUUUACUCUUUCCUAUACAAUAUGAUCCUCAAUGAUAUAUCUAACAUGGCCGGUUGGUGGACCGUUCUAAUCGCCCUCAAAAUACUCCUGGCCUCCACAUACUUCUUCUUUUCUAAAAAACCAAAAAAGUACUCUCCACACACUGAUGCUUUAGCCACUGGCAACUACACUCCAUGGAAGACUCUACCGUUGGUAGAACACGACGUGACAGUUGAAGAGUCUCCUAUUAUGGGCAAAAUUGAUGAUAACUGUUUAAAUGUUGGUGCUACUAGUUUCCUAUGCUUCGAUAAGGAGGAAUCAAUAAUGGAAAGUGCAAUAAAAUGUUUGCACAAGUACGGUGUUGGGUCCUGCGGUCCCAGAGGCUUCUAUGGCACUAUUGACGUACAUUUAGAACUUGAGGAGAGACUAGCCAAGUUCCUGGAAGUGGAAGAGACAUGUGUGUAUUCAUAUGGGUUCUCCACAAUCGCCAGUGCUAUUCCGGCUUAUGCUAAAAAACAGGAUAUUAUUUUUGCCGAUGAAAAAGUAUGGUUCGCAAUCCAAAAAGGUUUUGACGCAGCCCGUAGCACCAUUCGCUACUACAAACACAAUGACAUGCAACAUUUAGAAGCGCUGCUCACCGAAGCCAAAGAGAAGAAGCAGUUGAGUGCCCGGAGACGAGCAUUCCUUGUGACGGAGGCUGUGUUCUUCAAUACCGGAGAAAUGUGCCCGCUUCCGGAAGUGGUCGCUUUGGCACGGAAGUUCAAGUUAAGGAUUAUUUUGGAUGAGAGCUUGAGUAUUGGGGUACUAGGCAAGAACGGGCGCGGUCUGACCGAGCACCUGAACGUGCCUCGCGACGAGGUGGACCUCAUCGUGGGGUCUCUGGAGCACUCGCUCGCCAGCGUCGGGGGCUUCUGUGCCGGCUCGCAUUUCAUCGUGGAGCACCAGCGCCUCUCCGGCCUAGGCUAUUGCUUCAGCGCGUCUCUGCCCCCGAUGUUGACGCAAGCCGCCAUUGCCGGCCUCGACAUCAUGGAAUCCAGACCCGAGAUCCUCGCAGAACUAGAGGAGAGCUCAAAGAAACUAGACAAGGCGCUCUCAACCCUCAAGCACUUCACAUUCCGCGGCCACGCCCUCUCCCCCAUCAAGCACAUUUACCUCAAAAAGGACCUCACGGACCGCCUCAAACACAGCUACCUCAAAAACAUCGCUAACUACUGCCUAGAAAGAGGCGUUGCUCUCUCCGUAGCGGCGUAUCUAAGGGAUGUAGAACACAGUUGUCCGGAACCUUCUAUACGGUUGGCUUCGAGUAGAAAGCUUGAUGAUGGGAAUAUUAGUUUGUUGUGUGGGUUGUUGGAUGAGGCGUAUGAGAAGGUGGGACCACAGCCGGAGUUGAUGGCGUUGUAGAGGUGAGUUUAUUUGAGGACGGGCAAAUACUUAAGGCCAGUUGCACCAACCACAUUUGACAGACUGAUCAACGUCAGCCGGCGCGACCCGGCGCGCCACUAUCAAACUUUCCAUACAUAAAAAUUUAGCGAACUCUUUAACGAUACGAACAGUUUGGUGCAACCGACCCUUGUGGUGCUUUUUUAGCAUUAGAAAAAAGUUAAACGAUCUUGAUUUGUCUUUUAAUUGAAAAACACGUUUUAUUAAUAAGUCACGGCAAAUAUGUAGAAAUUAUGAAUCUAAUACGAUCAUUUAUAUUCUUCUGCUUUCAUAAGUAAUAGUUAACUGAUUUAUAAAAAGAGUUUUUCAAUUAAAAGACAUGUCAAGAUCGCUUACCUUCAUUCUAAUGCUAAAAAAACGAACUAUAGUCCAUUCCAAGGUUAAAAUAUCAUGAGGUAUUUUGUUAAACUAUUAAGCACACUAUAAAAUGCAUUUAUAUGACGUCGCAAAAUAUAAAAUAAUUUAUCGUAUAAUAGUUUAACAUAUCAGAAUAAUAUUAUAAUAUAUGUUAUAAUGUAAUGUUGAUACGAAUAACACAAGUUCCAUAAUGGCAAAAGUAAUGAUUAUUACUUAAACCAAGGAGCGUUUUGUUAAAUAUUGAAGGAGAUUUAACUUUAAAGCACUACGUUAUUUACUUGCACAUGACAUUUUAAUAAUUUUACAAAUACAAAAAAACCGGUAUUUAAUUCUAAAUAAGCAACAUUGUCACAAUUAGCGGUAUACCGGUAUUAGUUUUUCACUGCAUAUAUAAUAGUUGUAUACUAUUAAAUAAGUUUCAAAUAGUUAUUUUCUUGUGUUAUUAACUCCAAGUAUUUCUCAACAAUAUUAUGCAGCUAUCUCUCAAGUAUUAAGCAUUUCCUUAAUUAAGCUACAUUCGUAAGAUACGCAUAGUACAUAGAUCAUGUGCCUUUACAUAAUACAUAUUACGAUUACCAAAGCAAUAUUCGAAAACCAAAGUUCCCAACACUGCCAACGUCUAUUGUUGAGUUGAGUGCAUAUGCAUAAGUAUAAUUUAUGCAUUUUCUUUUUUUUUUUAAUAAGCUACGGUAAACAUUGUUGCUACGGAAUGAAAACCGGUAAAAAAUGUAUAGAAAUUACCUGUAAACCGAUACAUUAUCGGUAUUUCUCAAAGGUGUCUUUUUUUAAACGGGCUACGCUAAACAUAGGGAAUGCAAAAAAUAUGGAAAAUACCGGUAAAUAGGUAAACCGGUAAAUUACCGGUGUUUCUCAUGCUCAACUUUAAUCGGUUGCACUUGCUAAUUGUAGCUUCAUGCUUAUUUACCACAUUAGUGGUACAUAUUUUAAUUACUCUCAUUCCCAGUUUAACCUACUAAAUGAUGUAUUAAAAUACUUACUGAAUAAUUUGAACUAUAAUUGUAUUUUUUAUUGUUAUUUACGUGUAAGUACCAUUUUGUCUCAAUCGAAAUAUAUUUAGAUAUUAAACCUUGUCACAAUGAAGUAUGUUAACAAUAAUUAUGUUAAGGUGCUCAGUAUUAUAAAAUCACUAUUUAAGAACUGGCAUACAUUACAUAUUACUCGCUAUUAUGAAAUAUUGAACGCCAAGGACAUCUAUAGUAGUCGCUGAGUUUUUCACUCAGAAUUAAAAACAAACUGUACUUGUUGCCUAUAUAUUACUUAAAAAAAAAACAAUCUCAUACAUAAUCUUAUUGUCGCUCUAUUAUAGUAAACAAUGACAACAUAUUUAUGAAUUUAAAUCAUAAAAGAGAUAUACUAAAAUGUUCUAAAGUACACGUAAGUUUCUAUGGAUAUUUCUAUACAAAUUGACACGAUUUCAUUGUCCCAAAAUAUAUAACAAGGAUUUAGUAAUAUACAAAAAAAACCAUUUUUAAAAGUACUCCUGUAGUAUGUAUGCCAGUUAAAAAGAGCGCAAAACGGCCUAAAUAUUAUAACGAUGUUAAAAUUUUUUGUUUGAAAUACGUUAUGUAGGUCAUCAUAAUAAGAUUAAUAAGUACAUUAUUGCACAUCGCUUGUUAUAUUAUUUUUUAAUAAAUGCAUUAUCGAUUUC